AUGUCAAAAAAUUUUGUUCUUCGUAUUCAAUCAUCUGAAGGUACAAAACGUAUAGAUUUUAAUUCUCAAGAUACAGAUAAAACUAUUUAUCAAAAAGUUGCACAAAUAUUUUCAUUAUCAUCAAUUGAUGAUUUUACAUUAUAUAAAGAAAAAAAUAAAAAUUUACCAUUAGGACGUACACCAAAUCGAACAAAUUUAAAACAUGGUGAUAUGAUUUAUUUAAUUGCUGAACGUGAAAAUAUAUUUCCAACAGAUACAAAUUCAUCAUCAUCAUCUUUUGGUACACUUGAUGUUAAAUCUGAUACACCAACAAAUAGUAGUAGUUAUGCAUCACCAAAAAUUGGUUCAUUUCAAACAAAUAAUAAUAAUAAUUUGGGAAAAUUAAAUAUAUUAAAUAAUAUAGAUAUUAAAGAAGAUGAUGUUGAUAUACAAUUAGAUAAAAUGGAUGGACGUAUACCAAGAAAACGUAAUCCACAAUUAUGUCAUCAUAAUUUACAUGGAAAAUGUUUACAUUGUAUACCUAUUGAACCAUAUGAUGAAGAAUUUUUACAAAAUCGUAAUCCACCUAUUAAACAUAUGUCAUUUAGAGCUUAUAUUAGAAAAUUACAAAGUUCAACAGCAAGUGAUAGAAAUACAUUUGCUAGUCUUGAGAAUAUUAGUUGUUCAAUUAAAGAUAAAUGUGCAACUGGUCAUGCGCCAUGGCCAAAAGGUGUUUGUACAAAAUGUCAACCUAAUCCAGUAACAUUGAUGCGCCAGCCUUAUCGUCAUGUAGACAAUAUAAUGUUUGAGAAUGGAAAUAUGGUAAAUCGUUUUUUAAAUUAUUGGCGAUCAUCAGGUCAUCAACGUAUUGGUUUUCUUUAUGGUCGUUAUGAAGUAUAUGAUGGUGUACCAUUAGGUGUUCGUGCAGUUGUUUCAGCUAUUUAUGAACCACCACAAGAAACAUCAAGAGAUAGUGUUAAAUUAAAUCUACCUGAUCCACAUGAAGCAUUAAUUGAUGAUUUAGCACGUCGUCUUAAUAUUCGUCGUAUUGGAUGGAUUUUUACUGAUCUUAUACCAGAUGAAAGUAAAUCCGGUAGUGGUCCUGUUCUUCAUCAUCGUGGCAAUAUGAAUUCAUAUUUUUUAAGUGCACAAGAAUGUAUAAUGGCAGGUUGGUUUCAAAAUAAUCAUCCAAAUAUAUGCAAAUAUUCACCAGAUGGUUAUUUUGGUUCAAAAUUUGUUACUGUUGUUGUUACUGGUGAUAUAUCAGGUCAAAUACAUUUUGAAGGUUAUCAAGUUUCAAAUCAAUGUAUGGCAUUAGUAAAAUCAAAAAUAUUACUUCCAACUUAUGAUGCACCUGAAUUAGGUUAUGUUAGAGAAACAAGUGCUGAACAAUAUGUUCCAGAUGUUUAUUAUAAAGAAAAAGAUUCAUAUAAUAAUGAAAUAAUGAAAAUAGCACGUCCAUUACCACUUGAAUAUCUUAUUAUUGAUGUUCCAACAGGUUUUCCAUCGAGUGAUGCACAAAUACAAUCAACAUUUAAUGAUGAUUGUAAACUAAUAAAAACACCAUUUUGUAUAGAAAAUCGAAUGCAAAUUGGAGAAUUACAAGAUAUGAAUGCAUUAGCAUCAUAUUUACAACAAUUUUCAAAAACUGGUAGUGCUGGUAUAACAACAUCAAGUACAAAUCAAUAUAAAGCAACAGAUAUAUUAGCUGAUCUACAUCUAUUGAGAUAUUUGGCUAUUAAUGAUAUUAUCUCAUUUUCAAUGGAUCAACUCGAUCCAUUACUUGAUUCUAUACGUAAUAAUGAUCUCACUGGUGUUGAAACUUGGAUGGAAGGUUCCGAUUGGCAAACAAUAGUUCAAGUUUUACAAACACAUACUCCUAGUCCAAUAACAACAACAACAACAACAACAACAGGUAUUCGAUCGUCAUAUAUGGAUUAUGAAGAUCAACGUGAUUUAGCAUCUUCAUUAUCACAAUGGAAUUGUCCACGAUGUACAUUUAUUAAUGAUGGUUCAUCUCGGACAUGUGAAAUAUGUUCAUGUGAAAAAGGUUCUUAA